AAAGUCAAAAUGAGCAGUGAAUUAUUCAAGGAAAAGGGUUCCUUUGGAUUCUCGUUCGUGCAAGAUGGAGAUGUAGAUUUGGUAGAUGAUAGCGUACCAAUUCAACAAGAAGUUAUUCCACCCGCUAUACAAGUUGAUAAGAACCAGUUCAUUCCAAAUAACCGUCAAUUUCAUUUAAAUAUUGGUAGCUCUCAACAACAGCAUAGAGAUACAGGUCCAAGACGUCUAGAAGCGAUAUCUAGCGUAGAAGGUGCAUAUUACAUGCUACCAUAUCUUAAUCUGAGCAAGGAUGAUGAACCAACUCGUCUGAGAGAACCCCGUGGAUGGUUAGAAAUGCCCGUAGAAGCACCAUUCACAGCAAACGAAGAACCUGAUCAAGCUGAACAAAGGUGGGAAAAUCUCAAAGCAGACCUCACUUUCAACUACAAGAGGCGGGCGAGAGAGGCACAGAAGAGCAAGAGACGGAGGAAUAACCUCACAGCUGAUGACGGAAUUUGAUUUUAUUAUUUAAGAUUAAAAGGAUAUUAAGUUACAUGAUUGAUAAACGAGUCGAGAAAGAUUACGGGUAUCUUUAAUACAUUUGCAUUAUUUAAACUCCGGAUAAGCAUAUGGGUGAUAGUCAGGCAUCGUAUCAGGUGAACUUUGACAGUAGAAGCUGUCUUCAUCGGAUGAUAUCGACGACGACGAUGAUGGUGAGCUGAAAUGACUCUUAAGCUGUACUGGUAUUGGUUUACUUUCUUCACAAUACGAGUUGGUGAUGGAUAAACGUGACAUUUCCUUGUCAACUGAGACUUGGAUAGGAAUAAUUCGCGUUCCAUCGCGUUUAUUUGUGAAAGCUUAUAGCUACCUUGACAGAGAGCGACUAUGCUAGCAUUUGAGAAGCAAUCAUCUAUGCUUGUCUUGUAAGCUAUCAUAAACGCAGCUAACCAUAGACGAUGUCCUGCUUGUCCAGCUGCUGUCGACGAACUAGCAGCUUGAGGCCAACGUGAUUUCAGUCUAACUAAUAAGGCCACAACGAGGACGGUUAUCUCUGAAGGUAAUCUUGUCCUUCUAAGUGAUUUGUGAAUAAAAGCCCCUAAGUCAGGUAAAUGAGGAUGUGACUGUUGUGUUUUUAUCUGAAACAUAGUGUUUAUAAGCCAACUUGUGCGCUCUGAGUAAAAUUCC